AUGUCCACACACACCAGCGAUCAACCAGAAGACUCUCUCUCAGAGAGUGUUGUCCUCCUCCCCCUACCCCAGCCAACCGCUACCUACCCCCCACCCCCACCCGCUCAACCCCAAUCCCAAUCCCCCACUCACACCCCCACAUCCCCCCAAGCAGACCUAACGUUCGCCCUCUCCCUCCUCCUCCUGCUCGCUAGCCAGCUAGGAGUCGUCACCGCCCGAUAUCCGGAACUGAGAAGGAGGGAACGGCUCGCCUACGCAGGGGUGUGGAGGGAGAGAGUGGGCAGAGUGAGAUGGGGGUUGAGAAGAGGGAGAGAGGGGGUGGGGGAGACGAUCUCCCUGGUUGGGAGGGUGGUGCCUGUUUAUCCUUCUGUAGAGGGUGAGCAGGGGCAGGGCUACUUCGCACUAGUAAUAGGCUGGUUCCUCGCCCUCCCCCUACUUACACAAGCAACCCGACAGUCUCUCACUCCCAGCGCAGACCGAGGAAUGAGGUCAGAAACCGCUGUCAGUCCCACAAGUCUGAGAGCCCAGGUCUGGGAAUACCUCUUUUUCCUCAGGACGCUCUCCCUACGCUCUGCGCUUUUCCCUCCGGGCGCACGCACCGAGUCAUUGGAGGGAAGAUGGGCACCCGUUGUCUUUUCCGCCGACGGGGAAGGGGGGAGAGAACGAGAGCUCAGGGGAGCGAUAGGCAGUGUUAUGCCUGGUCUUGAGGGGGUAGGCACUGGAGAGGAACUGGACUAG